GAAAGAGCUGGAAAAGGUCCUAUUUGUCCAAACCUGUGCCUGUUUUGCGCGUGAGAGAGAGAGCGCGCGCGCGCGCGUGUGUGUGAGCGAGAGAUCUGGGAAGCUCUCGGAAGAAGGGCAUUCUUGGAGAGAAGGAACCUCUGGCGAAGGCAGGCGGGCGAAAAGGGGAGCCGUUCCUAGAUAUAAGGACAUUUCUACCAUCGCCUGCCGUCACGUGACAUAAUUACCACUCGAAUCAAUCAAGAUGAAUUGCACGUCAGCACACGGUGGGAUUUUUCCCCCCUUGGUGGUGGCUGCUCCUGCCCAAAGCCUCGCGCGCAGAUAGAUGGGGCUCCUCCGGCUCCCACGCGCUGGCUCGGCUGCUGCUGCCGCCGCCUGCUCGCCCUCGCCCAGAGGCAGCAGCAGCUGGAGGAGGAGAAGACAUGAGUGACUUUGACGACUGCGGCAGCCACGGGGCAUCCAGCAUGUACCUCCCCGGGUGCGCCGCCGCCGCCUAUUACGUCUCCUCCUCGGAUUUCUCCGGCAAGCCCCCGUUCCUGUCCCAGUCGCCCUCCUGUCAAAUGACUUUCCCUUACGCCUCCAACCUGCCUCCCCAUGUGCAACCGGUGCGCGAAGCGGCGGCGGCGGCGGCGUUCAGGGACUACGCGGGAGGCGGCGGAGGUGGCGGCGGCGCAGGCGGCGGCGGCAAGUGGCCCUACCGAGGCGGCAGCUACGCGCCCAGCAGCUACUACGAGGAGGUGAUGCACGGCAGGGACUUUCUGCAGCCGGCCACCCGCAGGACAGACGUGCUCUUCAAGGCAGAUCCCGUGUGCGGAGCCCACCACCACCACCACGGGGCGGCCGCCGCCGCCGCCGCUUCCGCAGCUGCUGCGGCCGCCGCCGCCGCCGCCAACUUCUACAGCGCAGUGGGCAGGAACGGGAUCCUCCCGCAGGGCUUCGACCAGUUUUACGAGGCGGCGCAUGGCGGAGGCGGCGGAGGCGGAGGAGGCACCCCUUACCCGGAGCCAGAGGGCGACAAGGGCGACCUCAAGCUCGCCAGCAACACUUGUGGCAAAGCUUCCCCGCUGCCCGGCCAGGAAAAGAAAGUGACAAGCGAGGGCAGCGCCGAGUCGCCGCCGGGGGAGGCCCGACCGGACAAGAGCAGCAGCAGCAGCAGCAGCAACAGCAGCACUUCAGCACUUCCCCAGCGAUCCCGGAAAAAAAGAUGUCCUUACACGAAAUACCAGAUAAGAGAACUGGAACGGGAGUUUUUCUUCAACGUGUACAUAAACAAAGAGAAAAGACUCCAGCUGUCUAGGAUGCUGAACCUCACGGAUCGACAAGUCAAAAUAUGGUUCCAAAAUCGACGGAUGAAAGAAAAGAAACUGAACAGAGAUCGACUGCAGUAUUUCACGGGGAACCCCUUGUUUUGAGAGGACUAAGCGGGGAGGAGAAGGAGAGGCGAAGAAGACCUCCCUCCCUGGUCCAACCUGCCACCUGAGUGCAAAAAAAUAAUAAUAAUAUUCAAAAAA